GUUUGGGUUGGACUGGGAUUGUCUUGAGGUGAGGGGUAGUUUGAUGAUUUGGGACCUGUGAAAUGCGAGUAAGAUUUGGGAUGUCUGGGGUGCUUGAGGCAUGUGGGUGGAGACUUGCAAGUAUGAAGGAGUGCUGUGAUGAGGGGGUGGCUUUGAAGGGGUCCGGUUUAGUGAAGGGAUGCUUUGGGACACUUUAUGUUGGAGAGAAAAGAGGUGACUACAGGUUAGGCGUGUGUAACAUGGUGAGUGGAACAGGAUGGUUAUGGGAAGGGCUUGUUAGUUAUGUGGAUUGGUGAAGGUAUGGAGAUUUUCUGAUGGGCUUUUCUUAGGAGGCUUCAGGGCACAGGUUGGCGAGGGUACAUGCUUGGGAGCAGAUAAGGUGGCUGAUGUUUCUGAGAGAUUAAUGUAGUGGAAGAGCUUCAGAUCCAGACAAAGUUGUCACAGUGUGGUUUGGGCAAGGGUUAGGAGGACUCUUCGGUAAGGCAGUGCGGUUGAUGAGGGAGCUGAAUCUUGGGUUUGAGUUUUGUGGAAUACAUUUUCUGUGGUCAUUCAUAGGAGUAAGUGUAGGGUUUUCUACGUGCUUCCCUUUGGGGCUAAGAAUAAAGCCUGUAGAUUUAUAGGAGCCUAUGGGCUCUUGAUAGCCAAAACCCCAAUUUAAAAGUUGUGAUAGCAUCAUGCUUUUAAAUAGUUUUUACCCACUGCUAAAUCUGGAGAGUGGCUCUUAUUGCAUUGUGGGUCUGUGAUAUCAGUAGCUGGGUCAGCAGUGCUGUGAGCCUGGACCGAGAGCAGCUGGGAAGCAGCAGAUGGAUACAGUUACUGCAAUAUUAGAAGAUGAGAGACUUAAUGACAUUUCAGAUUUGCGUUUUUAUAUAUGUGAGAAAAGGAUAAAAUCCUGCUUGAUCCUGCAGAGUAGUAGUAACUCUUCCUCAUAAACAAUGUCUGGUUGAAACUGAAACCAGCACUUGAGCUGCAGCUCUCUUAAAUGUUUUGCGUUUGAUUGAGUUAGCCUGAAUCUCUUUCAUAUUCUGGCAUCCCACCUGUAGCUGUGGCUUUCUCUGAAGCUCACCUGCCUGAGGAAAGAUGCAUUAAGUGCAUUAGUUAUGAUCACGUAUCAAGCUGUUGCAUGUCCGGAAAACUUCACAGGCUGCUUCAGGAGCCUCCUGGACUGUGGUGACAUUAACUUAAGCUUUUUACUCUUCCACAGUAGGAAGAUCAUAACUUGACCAAAUAGUUGGAUAUGGUUGGGUUUGAAACUGUCCCAUCUGCCACCUCUGGAAAAAAGGGAAGUUUGACUUGGAACAGGGAGAGGAGACUCAAGAGAGAUCCUAGUGACAAACUGUUCCUUAUUAGUGUUACACCAUUCUUAGAAGGAAAUUUCUGCUUUUGAUGAUUAGAUAAAAUAAUCUCUUGAAGAACAGUUUUUUUAAGUAAUUCCCACCACAAACUAUGUGCUGGUUUGCAUUUGCCUUCUUAGCUUUUCCAGUAGAUUGUUUUCAGGCAAUAAGGUGGGAGUUUGGCAUUUGGAGAAGUGUUCUUGUGAAUUUUAUUCUGUCUGAUUUUAUUUGAAGGAGCUUUCGUAACAGCAAAGCAUAAGAGGUCUGAUUAAGGCUGCCUUAGUAAUCCCUAUGCAGCACUGGAGAGAGUCGGCUGCAACUUAGGAAGCGAGGCAUGGAGGAACUAUGCUUCAGAUACCUGUGGGAAUACCCUGAAGAGUCUUGUUUGUUAUAAGGCUGGUAAAUCUGUACCGUUUAUGUGAGUCUUGCACUAAACUGUUUUCUUUUGAAGUGCUGUUACAUGUAUAGGUGCUUCAGGUAAUGAAAGCCCAAGCUUGUUUACUUCAGUCAUCAAUUAUAAACUUGCUCUUCUGCAACAGUUGCUUUAAGUCUUUCUCAAGGUUUGUGCCUGCUUUGUGCCAGUAAAAUAGCUGGGCUGACAUGAUGUUAUUAAUCUUGAACACCAUAAGAUUUGAUUUCUGAUUGAUCUGAAGGCACAAGUGUGUUGCCAAAGGUCAGAACCCGAGUUCAAAGGCCUGCCACGUACAGUCCGUGGCAGAGACUUUGGGCUGCUAAUCAUGUGCAGAGAGAAAGAAAGGGUGGGUCAAUCUGAAAUAAUAAGAUCGUAGAUUUGCUUGGUUAUGUGCAGACCUUUGUUGAUCCAGGAAGUUUUGACAAUGCGCAGUCACUUACAGGCAGAAUUGGCUUACAAGUAGUUAAACUGUUGAGAGAGGUGACGUGGUAACUAUUAUUUGCCAGGGGCACAGAACACCUUCCAGUGUCCAAGUUCAGAGGAGAGCAAUGAAGCUGGUGAAGGGUCUUGAGCACAAUAGUUAAGAGGAGCAGCUGAGGGAACUGGGAUUGUUCAGUCUGGAGAAGAGGAGGCAGAGGGGCAACCUUACUGCUCUCUACAGCUCCCUGAAAAGAGAUUGUAGUGAGGUGGGUGUUUAUCUCUUCUCUCAAGUAGCAAGUGAUAGGAUGAGAGGAGGUGACCUUAAGUUGUGCCAGGGGAUGUUUAGAUUGGAUAUUAGGAAUAUUUCUUUACUGAAAGAGUGGUGAAGCACUGGCACGGACUGCCUAGGGCAGUGAUGGAGUCACCAUCCCUGGAGGUAUUAAAAAAAAAUGUGUGGCACUUUUCGGGACAUGGUUUAGUAGGCAAAGUGGUGGUGGGCUGACAGCUGGACUUGAUCCUAGAGGUCUUUUCCAACUUCAGUGAUUCUAUGAUUCUAAGUAGCAAGAGUUAUGAAAAAGGAAGAAGCAAACCUAAAGCCUCACUGAGGUGCAGUGCCAGGGUAGGUGGGUUGGGGGAAUGUGGAAGAGGAGAGGACUGGAUGAGUUCGAGUGAGGGGUGAUUGGUGACAGGAGUUACAAAGAAGACAGGUGAAACGGUUGUAUGAAUCUAUUUUUGGGCUUUACCCUCUCCUGCGAGGUGAUGUUGGCUCUCACCCCUUUUAGCUAAGUCCAGGCUGCGCUUCAAAUAAACCCCUGCAUUACAAACAACUUGUAUAUAUUUUUUUUAAACUCCUCAGAAGACUUUACAGGUUCUAUUCUGAGAUCGCCAAACUUUUUACUCUUUUGGGGAGCAGGGUGUUACCUAUGGAAACUUUCAUUUAGACUGUGUAAAUGGGAGCUCUGUAAGAAGUACAAUCAUUGAACACAUUUCCAGUUGCUCUGUCGGGAGGCUGUGCUCAUCUACUCUCUGUCAAGAUUUGAGUCACUGCAUAUGCCUUUCUCUCAUUUUUUUUAUACACGUUUGUCUAUUUUCACAAACCAAAAGGCACAUAGAAGGUCUAUUCUCCUUGCACUUACAGCUUGGAUGUUUAAGUCUGAUUUCCUUAGGCAGCAAAGCUGAAAACGCCUGAACAGAGAUUAUGUGAGCUGCUGCAUUCGUCUUCUGACAUCUUACGCUCAAUACUCAUGGUAUGUCUGAAGGACAGAUCUGUGUUCUGAAUGUACCAGAUUGUCCUCAUGAGUACUCCAGUGGAGAAUGUCCAUGAUCUUCUUUGCCUGUGUGGUGCGGGUGAGGGACGGACUUCCCCUCUCAGCCUCCACAGAUUUUCAUUUCAGCCAGGAUUUUCUGGAAUGCAGAAAGAGAUUAAAGGCGUUAUCUGCAAUUCUGGCACGGUAUCCAAGUCGAGGCACGGCAAGAGGACGUGACCUUAGCAUACAUUUCCUUUCUUCUGGCGAUAUUGCCUGCAUGGCAAUCUGUUCCAGCAAUUACUCAACCAUCAUGGCAUUUUGCUUCCUGGAAGAGCUUCAGUGGGAAUUUGCUGCUUCCUACGAUACAACAAGCAUCGGCUUAGCUUCCAGACCGUAUGCUUUUCUUGAAUUUGAUAAUGUUAUCCAGAAAGUGAAAUACCGUUUUAACUGUUCGAGUGGCUCUCGAAUGAAGGCCAACUGGGAGAAGAUGGAGGAGGAGCUGAAGUUCCAGCCCCCAGUUCAGCUGAAGCUGGAGGAUACAGAGCUGAUGAAUGGGAUGACUAACGGUGGGCAUGCUGGUGUUCAUGUGGAGGUUGUCCCUACUUACAGAAUGCAGCGUGUGACUCCCCUGGGGAUUCUGUCGCUUGUUCUGAACAUCAUGUGUGGAGCCCUGAACCUCAUUCGAGGAGUUCACCUAGCAGAGUAUUCAUUUCAGGAGGAUCAUGAAGGAAUUGGAAAUGUGGUAGCUUUUUUUAUACCUUUUCUAGCCUGUGUUUUUCAGUGUUACUUGUACCUCUUCUACAGCUCAGCAAGGAAGGUGAAGACUUUUGUACUCUUUUUCUCUGUUUGUUUAUGCAACGUUUAUUUGUACGGAUUACGGAACCUCUGGCAAAUAGCCUUUCACAUAGGAGUGGCAUCUCUUUCUUCUUAUCAGAUACUGACGAGGCAACUGGUGGAGAAACAGCCUGACUGCGGAGUAUGAAAAAGACUUUGGGUUUACUGUUCUAUUUUUACAACUUCUUUUGUAUUAAACUGGCCAAAAAUAGCUUGGAGUAUUUUAAAAUAUUUGUGACAAUGGUUAUUGCAAGGGGGAUAUUUCAGAGCAACUCAAAAUAGGGUAGGAUACAGCAGUCGUGUCAAACACACAGUGAGGUAUUUAACAUGGCAUGUGGUAAUUGUGCAUGGUAGAUUUUGUCAGGUGUCAUCAGCAGAUGGAGGUUCUCCUGACCAUGAACAGGCUUUUACUUCUUGACUAAUACCAUCUAGACAGCAUUUUGCCACUUAUCGGACUGGCUUGUAACAGUUUGGCAGGUCAAUGUCUUGCCAAAUAUGUACUAAAAUGAAGAUAAAUUGAUCAGCAACAUUUUUGUCUAUAGAAUUUGUAGAGCAUUAAGAUUCUUGGUAAAUGUAAAGUAAAGGAGUUGUUUGCCAGAAUUAGAUGAGUUCAAUAUCCGUGGGAAAGAUUAUUAGGGUGAGCAUGAGCGUAAUUUUUCUAGGUUUUGAAUCAAAGGAAAUGGCUGUGGCGCUCUUAAAAACCAUAGAGGCUAUAAAUAUCUCCUGGCUAAACAGUGCAUUGUCAUUAAGUACAUGCUUAUUGGUUAAUUGCAAAUAUGCUUGGGGCAACAUCAAAUAGACCAAGUGAAUAUAUGUAAUCUUUCAGCUCAAGUGGCCUUUAUUUCCUUGGUUAAGGUCACUCUCAGUAUAAGGGUAAUUCCGUGUUUGCUUGGUCUGUACAGAUAAUAAAUCUUCCAAGCCUACUUAUGACAGGCCACUGACUCCUUCACCUUUUGUAAAGCAAUGUAGAGCUGGCGAGUAGAAAGCCAUUUCCAGUAAUGGAAAGCAAGAGCAGGUUCUCUUUAUUAUUUAAACGCCUUUAGUUAACGAUGUUGAGUUCUUACACUAAGAUGAAUUUAUGAGUGUGCACUUUUGAAUAGAGCUGAACUCCUUAACUGCUGCUGCACUGGAUGUUCUUGUAUGUAAUGUAUUGAGGCGCAUAUGGGCAUUUUAGAACAUACUUGAAUAAUUCAGGCUGUCUGUUUGAAAAAAUGCAUAGCAUUUUGAUGCAGGUGUCCGUGAAGGGCUGUAGAGUCUCAAACUGAGAAGAUGUAGAGAACUGUAGGUGUGUUAUCGUGGAGGUGAAGUCCUAGAUUUUCUUUGAUUUUUUUUUUUGUCUUGGGAAACUGUUUUCUGGUCAUCCCAUUUCUUCCACCAAACAUUUCUCACCAAAGAUUUAUUUUCCUCUCACAUUGUCUCUACCUCUGGUGGUUGCAAAGAGAUUAACGUGAUGCAGAGUUGUCUUCCUCAGUCUGCAGUUUAGUAGGAAUGAUGGAGGAAUAUUUUAGCCAGCCAGUUAAGAGGGCAGUUAGAGCUGCAUGGCACGUAAGGGAAUACUCUUCUGUUAUAAGGGAGUGGAUUGAAAUUGUUUUGUCUGUCAUUACCCCAGUUUUUUUCCAGAUAUAAGUGGAGAAAUUAAGCCAGAAUUCAACACCAUAUUGAGCCCGCAGAUGAGGGGGGUUUUAGCACUGACAAGCUUUAAGUUUCCAUGCUGUUCGCCCCUAGUUUUACUUGGUGAUAGGAGCCAACUCCAGCUCUUGCUCUUUUAGUGUCCAUCAGUCUCCAGAGUCCGAAAGAGCUUUACUGUCUCUCCAUGAGCUUAAAUAAAGCUCACCUGUUAUGGCUUAAGACAUGCAGAGCAUUUACAUCUGGGGCAUGGGGCCAGAGAACCAUUAUCUGCUUUCUAUUCCUUAUCCUUGAUUUGAGCUGAUGGGAAGAAGCUUGUAAUGUUCCUGAUGCUUCCCGAGCAUCCGACUGUUUGCUUUAUCAUAAAACAAAUACAUCCCUGUGCCAGGUGAUGUUGGCAACAGCUCUGCAAUCAGAGUGAUAGAAUAAGCUGUUUAGAUAGCUUGUGUAAUUAAUGUAAUUAGAGUGGAUAAAGAUAAAAUUCAGCUUUGGGUUAAUAUUUUCUUUUCCCUGAAAAUGUUUCAGUAAAAUCAAACAAAACCAGUUGCUUCAGUUCUGCCUUCGUGUAAGCUGUUUUUUGCUUUGUGGAGGAUGUGACCGUAUCUCUCCUACUAAAAGAACAAAGCUCUUGUUCGCUGUUAGUUUUAAUCCCUUUGCAACCUCUGUUUCUUUUCUCCCUGUAGUAUGUGUAAAUGUUAUUAAGGAAUCCACAUGGAUUAAUACAUACGCGUUAGUAUCUGCACACUUUGUAGAUUUGGAGUGAAAUUCAGGGAUGAGGCAGAGCACGCAUAGUUUGACCUAUUUUUAAUAUUCUUAUUUCGAAUGUCUCCUUCGUAUGGUAUUUAUGCAGUUAAACUUCUUCCUCUGGUGAAACAGAGAAGAACUGAACAGUUUACAUUGAUCUCAGUGCUUUAAGAUUUAAUAAAAAAGGAUGACUUGCAGUUUGAGUACAAGAAAUCUGACUCAUAACAUGGGAUUAUGCCUGCAUUGAAUCAAGUCCCCAAACAGGAAUCCAUCCCUUUUUGUUCAACUUUGAUACUAUUUAAUGUGGUUUGAAUCACAUCUCCUUAAUUCUGUCAGUUUUCAAGAUAAGUCUUUUGGAAACUCUUUUCCGCACCCAGGAGCUCAGCGCAAGAAAAUUGACAGAGAAUAAACUUCAUCAAUUUAAAGAUUUGCAGUGCUUGGUCACUUAAUGAAGCUGAUAAUUUUCGGUUGAUUUGGGUGGUUUUUUUUUUUUCUUUCUCCCAAAGAUUUGUUAAGUUUGUAGAAGGUGGGCUGGUACCUUUUUAGACAUUUUUGCACUGUAUUAAUAAUUAAACCUGUGUAAAUGUAUAAAAUAAUUUUGCGUGUGUAUGUAUAUAUGUACAUAUAUCUAAUA